AGUUGUUCUAACAAAGUGUGUUGCUGAGGCAAAAAUUCCACUCUGUUCGUAAUACUCUCAUCAAAAUUCAACUUCUUUAUAUUACCAUUUGCAAUCAUCAGUCCUUUGUCUCCAACAGGAAAUAAAAAGAAUCCAUCAUUUCCAGUGACAAUAGAGGAAAUAACUAGGCAGGAGUUAUUAGUAACAGUGUGUUGCAGUCAGUCAGUGCUUAUUACCCCAAAUCACUUUAAUUAACUUCGGGAGGACGGGCAAAAUGAAACGCCUUGUGUCAGCUGGGACGGCACCUGUCAAUCAAAGCAUCCCUUAUAAAGUGGCAGCACUGUUGCGCUCGUGACUCUUUGGAUAAGCGCGCGGUCGAGUUGAGAGCAUAGCGCGUGGACACAUCGAUUCCGGCAAGUGCGCGAAAGUUUGAGAGAGAAUAUCUUUCUCUCUGCACUGCACACCUGCCCUGUUUCAUCUCUAUUUAUCCAUCCAUCUCUGUGGACAUGGAGAAAUCACCGGGCGUCAACAUCAGCGACGGGAACGGUUCCGUGGAUAGGCGCUCGUUUCUGGAGCGAAGUGGAUAUCAGCACCUGGAUCAGGGAGAUCUGCGGGUUUUGAUUCCAGUGGUCCUGGGAAUCAUCUGUGUCCUCGGUUUCACCGGGAAUGUAACAGCAAUGGGAGUCCUGAUCACCAACGCACGUAAAGGGAAGCUGUCCUUGAUCAACGCGCUCAUUCUGAACCUGAUGUUGGCUGAUGGUCUGGUCCUGGCGUUUGCUGUUCCCUUUAAGGCUGCUGCUUAUUCCCGUGCCACUUGGACCUUGGGUUUAUUUGUCUGCAAGACCUGUGACUGGUUCUUGCACUCCUGCAUGGCUGCCAAAAGCUUCACCGUGGCCAUCAUGGCCAAAGCUUGCUACAGGUACGUCAGCAACCCUACCAAGCAGGUCACCUUCCGGUUGAAGACCAUCCUGGUGGUCCUGCUCUUCUCUUGGCUCCUGGCAUGCACGGUCCCCAUACCGCAAUGGCUCUUCGCCACCCUCCAAAGAGAAGCAAGUGGAAUGAUUUGUGUGCAAAGCGUGCCAGCCGAUGCCCUUGACUUCAUGUCCGUGUACGUCAAGGCGUACCCUCUUCUGGCUUAUUGCACACCUUUGAGCUUCGCCCUGCUCUACUUCUGGAGGGCAUAUGGACGGUGCCAGCGCAGAUCCAGCAAAACCCAGAACCUGCGGACGCAGAUCCGAUCCCGCAAACUGACCCUGAUGCUCUUCAGCUUGACUGUGGCCAUGGCCACCAUGUGGCUCCCGCAAUGGGUGUCCUGGGUGUGGAUGCGGCAUGCCCUGGAAACCGAGGGCACCUUCCCGCCAGUCCUUUUCACUCUUUCUGCCCAGUUGCUCAUGUUCUCCAUCUCUCUGGUCAACCCACUCAUCGUUCUCGCCCUUUCCGAGGAGUUCAGGGAGGGCUACAUUGGCCUCUGGCGUAGGCUCACCCUCCGCAAGCAACCGCCCAAAAACAAGCCAGGGCCGCACACCCCGACCGCCCCAAAGUCUCCCACCCCACGACCUGAAAUGUCAGCCCACCUGCCUCCCCAUCAGCCUGGGCAAACAGAGGAGCAAACAAGCCAGAGUGGAGAAAAACAGGAGAGCCCAACCAACAAGGAUGGGAUAGUACUGCAAGAUGUGGAGCAGUUUUGGCAAGAGAGGGAGACUGGUUCCCAAUCGCAUGAAAAUGACCCUGUGCCCUGGGAACAUCAGGUUCCCAGGGAAGGAACCCAGUAA